AUGUCGCCGUCUUCAUCAGCAUUGUUUUUCCUUCUAUUGUUGCUGGUGAAAGAAACAAAAUGCUCAUUUAGACAACUGAAGUUCUAUGAAUUCCAAGCAAAACUUCAAGAGAAAAACUCUUUCAAUCCUAUUGCAGUAACUCCGACACCAUCUCCGGCAACUUCAAACGCCCAAAAGAGUGUUGGUAGAGUUUUCUAUCCAAUUGGUUAUGGAGCAGACCCAACUGGGGCGCAAGAUAGCAGUGAUUCCAUACUCAGUGCUGUUGGUGAUGCUUUCAAAGUGCAAGGUGGCCUUGAAUUGUUGCCUGGAGUCAACGAUUUGGGUGGUGUCCUUAUUGAUUUGCAAGGUGGCAACUACAAAAUCAGCAAUCCCAUUAGGUUCCCACCUGAAGCCGAGUUCCUGUGUCUGGUACAAGGUGGAACUUUACGAGCAUCAGACACAUUCCCAGAAGAUAGACAUCUAAUUGAAUUGUGGUCACCAAAUUCUGAGAAAGUUGCGGAAACAGCCACUGUCCAUCGUGAUAAUCUCUCUGAUACGAAAGACCAAACAGAUGGAAUCUACUAUGAGGACAUUACCUUCCGGGACAUCCUCUUCGAUUCAAAUUAUCGGGGAGGAGGACUUUUCGUGAUCGAUUCAGCUCGAAUUCGGAUAAACAAUUGCUUCUUUAUCCACUUCACGACUGAUGGAAUUUUAGUCGAAAGAGGCCACGAGACCUUCAUGUCGAGCUGCUUCCUCGGACAACACUCUACUGUUGGUGGGGAUAAAGGUGAGAAAGAUUUUUCCGGGACUGCAAUCGAUCUUGCUAGUAACGAUAAUGCAAUCACCGACGUUGCCAUCUUCUCGGCAGCUACCGGAGUUAUCCUAAGGGGUGAGGCUAACAUGAUCACAGGUGUGCAUUGUUACAAUAAGGCAACAUAUUUUGGUGGUGUUGGGAUUUUAGUGAAAGCAGCACAGAAUAGAAUAGAUAAUUGCUACCUAGAUUUCAAUGCUAUAGUGAUUGAAGACCCUUCUCAAGCUCAUGUUAGUAAUGGGUAUUUCCUAGGAGAUGGAAACAUUGUUUUAAAGUCGAUUAAAGGUCAAAUCUCGGGGCUGAAUAUCAUCAAUAAUAUGUUCAGUGGGAAUCCAAAAAACAUGGUACCAAUUGUACAACUAGAUGGGCAAUUCACAAGCAUUGAUCAGGUGGUGAUUGAUCAGAACAAUGUGAAUGGCAUGAGCUUGAAAUCAACGGUCGGAAAAUCAACCGUUGCUGGAAAUAGUACGCAGUGGGUGGCUGAUUUUUCAUCAGUGUUGAUAUUCCCAAACAGGAUAAAUCAUGUUCAGUACUCAUUUUACACACAAGGUGGGUUGGUUGGGUUUCCAGCAAAUGCAGUGACAAAUGUGUCAGGUAAUGUAGUAAUUGUUGAGACUGAGAAAGCUGUGAAUGGGGUGAUUUCAAUUGUUGUUGACCAGCAUAACAUGGUAGGAGAGAGAAACUUUCUUGUGUAA